AUGGUGCUAUUGUGCAAGGGAGCUAAAGUUCAAGGGGACUUUGAGCAAUUAUGCCUAAUGUAUGAUAUAAGGCUGACCAUAGGAGUUAAUAAUUUCCUAGAUGACUCUAACUCCGCAACGUCCCCAAGAUUCUCCCCACACGCACUCGUUUGCUUCUUCCUCUGCUCAACUUAUUUACUUCUCUCUAUCUCUCCCCAUCAUAUCUCUAAUUAUACGAGAACAGAAGAGAAAAGCCUGCAGGAUUCUUGGACCUUUCUCUUUGAGAAUUCCAGUUUUCAAAUUCCACACACCUACGAAAACAGGCUGAAAGCGGUGCUCAAGCUGGAUGUGUGCGACAACAAGGACAAGAGGAAGGCCAUGAAGAUAGUCUCUAGAUUUGCAGGGGUCAAGUCAGUCGAGAUAAACCUGAAGGACCAGAGGCUGGUGGUGGCAAGAGAUAUUGAUGCUGUGGAGAUGAUGAGGAAACUGAAAUGGAUGUGUAAGACGGACAUUAGUCCCAGUCUGACAGGCCAGAGAGGCUCAGAAGAAGGAUGACAACAAGAAAGACUA